AUGCCCAUUAAGGCCAAGAAAGGGGACUCUUGCGAAGGCUGCAUCACGAAAAUGGGCGAUAUUCAGAGGGGCACCUGCAAGUGGUUUGACUCAAAGAAGGGCUUUGGAUUUAUUACCUCUGAAGAUGGAACGGAUCUUUUCGUCCACCAGACGGAGAUAAAGGCCGACGGCUUCCGAAAUCUCUGCGAAGGAGAAGAAGUUGAAUUUCUGGUUCAGUCCGGCGAUGACGGUCGUAAGAAGGCCGUCCGUGUCACUGGCCCUGGCGGUGCUCCUGUCAAGGGCGAUUCUCGCAGAAUGUCGCCUUCCUAUGGUGGAGGCAGCCGCGGGGGACGCGGAUAUAACGGAGGAGGAUACAACGGUGGAGGCUAUGGGGCUGGUGGUGGGGGCAGCUACGGGGGUGGCGGCUACGGGGGUGGCUACGGCGCCAGUGGCACCGGUUACGGAAACGGCGGCAGUUACGGUGGAGGUGGGAACGGCGGCAGCUACGGAGGAAGUGGGAAUGGCGGGGGUUAUGCAGGUGGGAACGGUGGCGGCUACAGCGGUGGGAACGGCGGCGGAUACGGCGGAGGUGGCUACGGCGGCUCGAACUACGGAGGGAGUAGCGGGGGUGGCCGGGGAGGCUAUGGGGACAGCAGCGGCAGCCGCGGGGGAGGCGGGUAUGGAGGUGGUGGAUAUGGCGGAAGCGGCUACAACUACGCAUGA